AUGGGUCCAUCUCCAGGACAGCUGGACGAUGGCGUGGCAUCCAUGCUCGUUAAUAUCACGGACAUGCACGACUUCAAGCACGAGGUGACUGUAGAGGAAGCGCUAACUCUGAACCAGGUGGAGAAGCGCGCGCGAGAGCAGGGUCGCGUGUGGUGGAGCUACGAGGCGAACAAAGGCCCGUACUGGUUCCUGGAAGAAGCCCCAGCGAGCAUCACGGGCGUGCAUAUACGAGCGAAUCUCCAGGCGACGCUGCAGCAAGCGACGAAUAACCUAAGCAUGCACUUGCACCAUCACCACCAUUCCCUUUCCUCUUCCUCCUCCACCGCCUCCUCCUCGUCGUUACCCGCGUCGGCGUCUUGCCCCGCGGCUUGCUCGGCCGGAGCGUUGCCCGGUCCGGGAUUGUUCGGUAGCAUGUCUACCCCGACGGUGCUGAAGCGGCUUGUGCGGAAGGGGAUUCCACCGCAUCUGCGCCCGCGCGUGUGGAAGGCGGUGUCGGGAGCGGCUAAGAAAGAGGCGGUCGCGCCGGACGAUUACUAUUCGUCGCUGGUGGAGGAGACGACGUGGCGCACGACAGACCACACGCUGCAGAUCGAUCACGACUUGCACCGCACGUUCCCCAAGCACCCGCGCAUGGACACACCAGAGAGCCUCGCGGCUCUCAGGCGCGUGCUCGUGGCCUACUCCUUCCGGGACUCGCACGUGGGGUACUGUCAGGGCAUGAACUAUGUCGCAGCGUACCUGCUGCUGGUGAUGCGCAGUGAGGAGGACGCGUUCUGGAUGCUGGCGACGCUGGUGGAGAACGUGCUGUACGACGACUGCUUCGCCGAGGACCUCUUUGGCGUGCACGUCGAGCAGCGCGUGCUCAAGGACCUGCUCAAGAAGAAACAGCCCAAGCUAGCUAGCCACUUGGACAAGGUGGGCUUUGAGCUCUCACUCGUCACCACCGAGUGGUUCCUCUGUGUCUUCGCCAAGACCUUCCCCUCUGAGACCACGCUGCGGGUGUGGGAUGUGCUUUUCAACGAGGGAGCCAAAGUGCUCUUCAGAGUCGCCCUUGCACUAUUCAAGAUAAACGAGGCAGAGCUCAUGACAGCACAGCACCUGGGCGACGUGGUGGAAAUACUCAAUCGGUCCAGCAGCAGGCACUUUGACCCCGACAUUCUCCUGCAGGUGGCGUUUGACCGGCUGGGGACUAUGUCCAUGGCCACCAUUCUCAAGCAGCGCAAGCGUCAGAAGAACGCUGUGGUGGCGGCACUAGAGGCCCGGCAGCAGCAGCUCAGCGCGUAUGAAGAAGAACCUGCCGCUGCUGAGGUCAACCAUAGGACCGUUCUCCCUCCAGGUGCUUUGUUCCGUGACGCCAGUGCUGCCUGCGGCAGCAGGAACAGCCGCUGCAGAGGGGCGUUAGGGGGAGCUUUGAAGGGGGGCGUAGGGGCUGGAAGAGGUUGGGGAGGAUUUGAUGAGAUGGAGAAGAUUCGGGAGGAGGAGAGAGCGGAAUGGGCGCGGGAAGGAUUCACCCCUCCGCAAGGCCUACCACCUCGCGUGGCGUCUCACCUGAAUUUAAACUUGAACUCGGUGUCAGUUUCUCGCAUGCAUGCUGCGGCAGAAGCUGCAUUGUCUGUGUUCUCAGCUGCUUCAGAAGUGUCUUCUGUGGCAGCAGCGUCAGUGUCGCUGGCCAUGGGAUCUCGCGAGGCUGAGAGUGGACUCAUUCGCACCAACUCCAUUUGA